CAGUUGGAGCAAGACAAGACACUGAAUGGGUCGGUUGACUACUGCCGUGUUCGGCGCCGGCAGUAUAAAAAUGACCAAGUUUCGCGAAUACCGUUUCAUAUUUCAGUACAUUCCGCCCGGGAAAACACCUCGUCCGUAGAAAUGUGAAAAAGCGCGAAAUUAUUUGUCAUUCAAAGUGCAACACGGAUCAUCAUGGACAGUGUCGCGUUCAACAGCUUGUCAAAGCGUUCUAGAAUAUCUGGUUUCAACGGAUUAAGGUCAAUGAAAAGUGGAAUGUGACCAUAUAGUGCACUGAAUUUCAUCAGGAUUUGUCCGAUGUGUGAUUUGAAUUAAAUCGUGCAUGAAAAGUAUCAAAGAAAGCAUCUCACGUGGAUCAUCAAUCACGGUAUACGACAACGGCGUGUCAGCAAAUUGAGCAAACAGGAUCAUGAAACUGACAUACGUUGUCGUUUUCCUUCUAAUACUUCUGAUUCCAAAAACUGUUGACGCAAGAGCCGUGCGAAAAUCAUGCGGAAAGUACUUAGCAGAUCGUAUCUCAGAUCUAUGCAAAGCUCGAGGUGGCUAUUCCCAACUAACCUCUGUGGAAAGCGAACGACGAUCACACCGCCGUUCAAAACGAGGGAUAGUCGAAGAAUGCUGCCAUCAAAGUUGCACCGAUACCAUUCUGAUGCAGUACUGUAUGGAGCAAGUAGAACAACCCGAUGAUGUUAUGGCGUCCAACGAAGAGAGCAAAUCUACAACUCCAGCAACAACGGAGAGGUCCGUCAAUCAACUCCUUUAUACUUUUGCAGCCAUUCACGACGAGAUUUCCCUUCAACACCGUUCCGAUGGAAUUUGGAACUGUGCGGCCGGAGUUCAACAGAAUAAAUGCUAAAUACUUGGGCAGCAGACGAAAACAAUACUACCGUUUUUACUAAAUGUACAAAUGCGAACGAUGGACAAAACGUUCAAAAAGAACUGAAACACUAAAAAGGGAGAAAUCCUUAGGCUGUGAUUGAAAAUAAGUCAUUUCUAGUCAACAACUAUGAAUAUUAAAACAUA